AUGAAGACUGCAGAAAAAGAAUCUCUCCGUCAACGAAAAGUGGAGUCAACAGAUGCUAGAAGUCAUCCUAACAGUGGCGAUGCUUCAUGUGUUGUACAGAAGAUGGAUGUUCGUGCAAUAUCAGACGAAAGUGAUGCAGACGGCCUUAUUGAUGGUGAAAGAAUAUCACAAUUAACGAAGAAUUUGCCACAAGGUUCCGAUCAUUUGGGAGCAUUUAUCGAUCCUGUUCUUUCACCUUUGCCACCAAGAUGGCGAAAUUGGGUUGUGCGCGGUAUUUUUUCGAUCAUAAUGGUUUCGCUAUUCUCUGUAAUCAUCAAAAUGGGAGCUACAUGGCUGAUGGCUUUGGUAUUUGUCAUACAGUUUUGGUGUUUCCAUGAAAUUAUUACAAUUGGUUUGGCAGUUUAUCGUCUCUAUUCUUUACCGUGGUUUCGCGCACUUUCAUGGUAUUUUCUGCUAUCGUCAAAUUACUUCUUCUUCGGUGAAAGCUUAAUCGAUUAUUGGGGUAUUUUGCUGAGGAAAGAUCAGUUUUUACAUUUCUUGGUGGCACAUCAUCGUUUGAUUAGUUUCGCCUUAUACUGCAUAGGUUUUGUAUGGUUUGUUUUAUCACUGCGAAAAGGUUAUUAUCUGCGGCAGUUUUCACUAUUUGCUUGGUCACACGUAACACUAUUGCUGAUUGUUUCACAAUCAUUUCUCAUUAUCCAAAAUAUUUUUCAAGGACUUAUAUGGUUUCUUGUUCCGGUUUCGAUGGUAAUUUGCUGUGAUGUUAUGUCCUACGUAUUCGGUUUCUUCUUUGGAAAGACACCUCUAAUAAAGUUAUCUCCGAAGAAAACAUGGGAGGGUUUCAUUGGCGGUGGUAUCAGCACUGUCCUAUUCGGCUUAAUUCUUUCUUAUUGCCUUCUUCAUCAUCCCUUUUUUGUGUGUCCAUUGGAAGAUUAUACAGUGGAAAAUUACAACUGUACGGUUCCGCCAUCAUUUGUUCUAAGAGAAUUCAAUAUCGGACGACCUAUUUCCAUCAUAUUACGAUUGAUGCAAAGACCUCCAACACUUGAAGUCUAUCCUUUUUUACUUCAUACGAUUAUAAUGGGCCUAUUUGCUUCUAUAUUAGGUCCAUUUGGUGGAUUCUUUGCAAGUGGAUUCAAGCGAGCUUUCAAAAUCAAGGAUUUUGGUGAUGUAAUUCCUGGACAUGGUGGUUUGAUGGAUCGUUUUGAUUGUCAACUUCUUAUGGGAACGUUUGUGAAUGUUUAUAUUCACACGUUUAUCAAGGUCCCCAAUCCGUCCAAGCUUUUGCAACAGAUAUUUUGGCUUCCAGUGGAAGAACAACUUUAUAUAUUUCAGUCUUUGCGUGACCAUCUUCAUGAAGGUCUCGUUGAUGCCUGA